GAUCAAAUUUUGAUCAAGUCUUAGCUAUUAAGCCAGAGACUAGCCUUUUAACUAAUAUAUCAUCUACAAUUUCUCAGCCAGAAACCAGUUCAUGCCAAUUACAAAAUAAAUCUAUGAUACCGGCACAAUCUCUGCAGAAACGAUCUAAUUUUGAUAAUUAUUCUAGAGUGUCGGAUAAAUAUAUGCCAGAAAGGCCUCCAGAUAGGUAUGGCAUAAAUUCUGAAAGAUUUAUUCAUGCCAAUAUCAUGAAUCCAAUUCCUUCAACCGGUCAAAUUAUGGAAUCUUUAGCUAACGACCUUUAUAAAAAACUGAUAGAUAAAUUUUCAGCAAAGCCUGUAAAAUCGAAAAAAAAAAUUGAACCAGACUCGGAUGAAGAUCUGACUGAUCGCAUGAGUAAGUUGUCAAUAAAUCAGGCUAUAGCAAAAGGUAUUGAGGCAGGCGUUAAUGCCGUACUUGAAACCAAAGUGGAAUUAAUCGAACUCAAUAAAAAAUUGCGAACUCAUAUAAAUGAAUCUGGAUAUUUAAAAUGA